GAUGACUGCAUUGAAUAGCAUACAACUGAACUCACCGUGUAUUGGUCGCUUCACCAGUUUUUCAACGGAAUCCUUGUAGCAUACCAGCUGGUCUGUAGCCUAAUUCCGUGAACAGUCUCUGUCACUGUGGAUUGCUUUGACUGAUAUUCCGGUUAGACCACCGAUAGACUCGUUUUAUUCCGUAGCUAUUUGAGAAGGUCCGAAAGCGUGCAGCCAGCAGGGAACGACGGAAUAUGUUGCUACGUAGCUGAUAUGAUAUAGACACAAUAGACCGACGACUAGUGUAAAAGAGAGAGAUGAGGUGAUGUUCUGACUCACUGAGACAGCGUGGACAUAAAUCAAGACGAUGAACUCUAGUAUUUUACUACCUACGGCAUAUCGGAAUCUCAACAGGAACCAGCAGCCAGCGGAUGUCAGUGUAUCACUCAGUCCCACAUGUGAUGGACCCCCAGCAGUGUGAUGGAGGCCAUGUGUCAGAGGGGUGUAACACUCCUGGUAAUGGGGACCACCGGCCCCCUCCUGCCAAACUGGUCCGCCUGGAGUUGAACGGUGGGGGGGGGCUCUCAGGUCCACACCAGGGCAGGACGAGACAGGGGAGCCCAGGGGUCAGAACUUCGGCCCCCAAACUCACCACACCCGUACCACAACCCAAGAACUGGCAUAAAAGAGGAAGCCUGCUGCCUGUGCUGUGUUUGGUGGAGCACAGAGAGAGCCCGGUCCCAGCAGUGGAGCCUGAGAGGAGAGAGGAGCAUGCAGAGUUUGUACUGGUCAGGAGAGACCUGCUGUUUAACCAGCUGAUAGAGAUGGCUUUACUGGCCCUGGGCUACUCUCACAGCUCAGCAGCACAGGCCAAAGGUUCGAUCCAGGUGGGUAGGUGGAACCCUGUCCCUCUGUCCUGUGUGACUGAUGCUCCUGAUGCCACAGUGGCUGACAUGCUACAGGACCUCUACCAUGUGACCACCCUCAAGAUCCAGCUCACCAGUUGUCCCAUGUUGGAGGACCUCCCUCCAGAACAGUGGAGUCACUCCACAGUGAGAAACGCCCUGAAGGAGCUAUUGAGAGACAUGAACCAGAGCUCACUGGCCAAAGAGUGCCCUCUGUCCCAGAGUAUGAUCUCCUCCAUUGUUAACAGCACCUACUAUGCAAAUGUGUCGGCCUCCAAGUGCCACGAGUUUGGCCAUUGGUAUAAGCACUUCAUGAAUACCAAAGGCAUCAUGGAGAUUGACAGCUUCUCUGACCAAUCCCAAACGAGCUCCACACACCCAUCAACCAAACAAUCAUUCCCAGGCAGCACAGCCGAGCAGGUCUGCUCCUCACCCCUCCCCUUUCCUCACGGGGGUGCCACCCACACUUCUGGGCGUAGUUGUCUGGCCCCAAGUCUCUGCCCCCCGGGGCUGGUGACCGCCCCCCUCAGCCCCCAGCUAGUCAGCCCCCAACAGAUAGUCAUGGCCCAGUUCCUCAACCAGCAGUAUGCAGUCAGCCAUAUGCUAGCCCAGCAAAGCCUGUCUGUAUCUGUUUCCACCUCCCCCCAGCAGUUCCUCAACCACCCCCCUGUGGGGAGGCCUCCCCCCUCCCUGGCCCUAGCCAAGGGCCUCGACCCCCCGCCCCAGGGUGGACCACCAGGACCUGGGUCUGGGUCCCAGAGCCAGGUGUGUGGACCAUCAGACAUCUCAUGUGAGAUCUACCAGUGGGUGAGAGAGGAGCUGAAGAGAGCAGGCAUCUCCCAGGCUGUGUUCGCCCGUGUGGCCUUCAACAGGACCCAGGGCCUGCUGUCUGAGAUCCUGCGUAAGGAGGAGGAUCCUAAGAGUGCGUCUCAGUCUCUCCUGGUCAACCUGCGGUCCAUGCAGAGUUUCCUACAGAUACCGGAAGGUGACCGCGACCGUAUCUACCAGGAGGAGAGAGAGAGGAGUCUGACCACGUCGACCAUUAUCAACCAUUCACCCAACAACACUACCACACCACGCCACACACAGACCAGAAAGGAAGAGGGAGACUUUGUUAAGGCUGAAGAUUGGCCCUCCCAGGUUUCCAUUGUAUUUCCUAAAGUGAGGCUGUCUCCAGUAGCAGUAGUAAACAGAGGGGUGAAGAGCGAGGGAUGUGUUCUAGACAGAGGGGUGAAGAGCGAGGGAUGUGUUCUAGACAGAGGGGUGAAGAGCGAGGGAUGUGUUCUAGACAGAGGAGUGAAGAACGUGGGAUGUGUUCUAGACAGAGGGGUGAAGAGCGAGGGAUGUGUUCUAGACAGAGGGGUGAAGAACGUGGGAUGUCUUCUAGACAGAGGGGUGAAGAGCGAGGGAUGUGUUCUAGACAGAGGGGUGAAGAACGUGGGAUGUGUUCUAGACAGAGGGGUGAAGAACGUGGGAUGUGUUCUAGACAGAGGGGUGAAGAACGAGGGAUGUGUUCUAGACAGAGGGGUGAAGAACGAGGGAUGUGUUCUAGACAGAGGGGUGAAGAACGUGGGAUGUGUUCUAGACAGAGGGGUAAAGAACGUGGGAUGUGUUCUAGACAGAGGGGUGAAGAACGUGGGAUGUGUUCUAGACAGAGGGGUGAAGAACGUGGGAUGUGUUCUAGACGUCAACAGUUCUAUCUAUGAGGAGAUCCAACAGGAGAUGAAGAGAGCCAAGGUUUCUCAGGCCAUGUUUGCCAAGAUGGCCGCGUCCAAGAGUCAGGGCUGGCUGUGUGAGCUGCUGCGCUGGAAGGAGGAUCCGUCCCCGGAGAACCGAACCCUGUGGGAGAACCUGUGUAUGAUCCGGCGCUUCCUGAGUCUGGCCCAGAUGGAACGAGAUGCCAUCUAUGAACAGGAGAGCAACACUCUGCAACAACACUGUACAGACAGACUCACACAGCUAGUCAACAACAACACACUGCUCCAACGCCACUCCCCAUUGCAACAACAACACCAUCAACGAACACUGACCGCUCUGUCCCAGCUGCCCUUGCAGCCCCAGGCGGAGCCUCGCCUGCCGCCACGACAACCAUCCACAGCAUCACCGGCCGAGACUGAGGGGCGUAGGGGGCAACUGAGGACCUGGUGGGGAAGUAGUCAGGGUGAUGGGAGGGAAGAGGAUAUUACUGGCAGGGGCAGUAGGGGUUGGGGCCAGGGCAGGGUUAGGGGUGUGUGUAACAAUGACAAGGAAGGGGGAGAGGGACGGUGGGCGGGGGGCAGACAGACUAACGGCGAGGGCGAUGGUGGGAGUGAUGGCGAGGGGUUUCGGGUGUCCCGAGAGGCACAGGGGAUCCUGCAGAGCUUCAUCCAGGACGUUGGUCUGAACCCAGACGAGGAGGCUGUCCACACACUGUCAGCCCAGCUGGGCCUGCCCAAACACACCAUCCUCAGCUUCUUCCACAGCCAGCACCACAGCUACACUCACCAGAACCAUAGACAGCACUACAGUGAGAUCCAACACAACCAACAUCCGAGCCAGGACGACAACCACAGAGAGAAUCACAACCAACACCACACGGACCAGGACCAGCUCUUCUAUAAUGGAGCAGGCCCAACCCAGCCUAAGAGAACUACAGGGGAGGAGUGGACCGUAGAUCUCACUGGACAAAUGGGGGGGGAGGGGAGGAUAUGGAGCGGGAAGAGGAAAUAGAGGGGAAGGGGGAGGAGGACGCCAUUUUGAAAGAGUUGGAUGUGAGCAGUCAGACUAACGCCGUCGCCACCCUAGAGGUGGAGCAACAUGAUUCUAACCAAUCUGAGACUGCCCAACCACAUGACUGAUGAAUAACAUGAGUCCAUCCACUAGUUGUCCCCUUUAACCCAAUGAGAAGGCAUCAAUUUUAUAGACUCAUCUAGCUCUUCAGAAAAUAAUAUUAGCCUUUUCUGAAGAAUUUUAGUAAUGAAUGAUGUGGUGUUAUAGGUGUUUCCCUUAUUUGUAAUGAAACAUUUCAAUUAAAGACUAACUGUGAAAAUAAAUGAAAUUAUGUAGUUAUACAUGUAUGCAGAGUUAGUUUAAAGGCCCAGUGCAGUCAAAAACUAGAUUUUCCUGUGUUUUGGAUAUAUUUCCUCACUGAGGUUGGAAUAAAACAGUGACAUUGUGAAAAGUAUGAUAAUGCCCUUUCAGUGUAAGAGCUGUUUGAACAUGUUUGCCUGUUUUGGUGGGGUGGAGCUUUGGCCUGCCUGGUGACAUCACCAGACGCUAAAUUAGUUAAUACACCAAUAAGAAAGAGAGUUCCAAACCUCUCUGCCAAUUAACAGCAAAUUUUCAGUUUUCCCGUCCUCACUCAGACCACUCCCAGACAGUCCUAGCAAAAUUUUUGCUUGAGAAAUUGCUAUUUGCUAAUAUGCUAUUUUUGUUUCUUUUUGACCAUUUUAACUAAAAACAACCACAGUAAGGUACUUAAUUGUUACCUAGAAAUUCUUUGACAUUGAGAUAAAAAUGGCUGCAUUGGACCUUUAACUGUUGAGGAUCUAAUUUGAAAGACAUUAUGCCAACAAAUGCCUUGUUGUAUGUGGCACUACCCAUCUGUUCUAUGCCUAGAUCAUCCUCUCGGGAUUUAAAAGACAUUGAAAUGUGAAUAUUGAUAUUGAUCCACUGUCAACAGCUGUAUUAUAGACACAUGAUACAGUAUAGUGUUUUGGUUUCUUUCUCUUUUACAAAACUCUGACAACUAUGCUUUCUUACAUCGAUCUGUCAUAAUGUCCACGUACUUGUCUCUUUGACUGACAGUAAAAUGUAAAAGUGUCUUAAAGUCUUUGCUGAUCAACAUAGUUGAGGGACAUCACUCAAAUUUUGUAUGCAAAUUAUUUCACUAGCAAAUGUAGUGUAGGUCAAUUGCCUAAUUGUAGAAGAAAAGGCUAAAUAUGCAAAGGGUGUGUGUGUGUGUGCAUUAAUUCGUUCCUAUCUUUGAAUCUGUUUUUGUUGAAAAUAAAAUGUAUUAUUUGUUUUAAGAGUUCAUUCCAUUGAUGCAUGAGUUAUAUUUGAAGUGGUCGUUUUAAACAGCAAUGCAUUGGAUGCAGAAUGACAUUAAAGCUGUGAUUUACUAUUUGUUUCAUCACACAUUAAACACUUAUAAAAUGGA